AUGCGUGGAAAGUGGACUAACAGUGGACCUCCAAUAAAUGUGAAUAGAAGUUCUUCGAUGAAUCGAAGACAUGUCGACGAACCUGUCAAACCGAUCAAGUUCCUCCACCACUCGCCAUCCCUCAAAGCCAUACGAGCGUACAACGACCUUCCUGUCGAGGGUGGUUUCCAAAACGGCAUCGACUUGUGCCUCUUUUCGCCCCAAAAAUACGACUCUGCCAGCGUUUCCAGAAUUUCGAUCGGCAGCGACACCAAAUCGAACGAAAACAACUUAUACGAGUACGCCACGAUGGGCACUCUGUCUGUGGCCAAUUCCAUGUCAGAGCUCAAUUCGGAAAUCCACGAAAUGGGAUCGACGUUGAAACUGGUACCGUCCAAAAUGGAGUUGUCUUGCCAAACAUGGAUGUACUAUAUAUCAACGGCCCUUUGCACGAUGUCAAUGGCGCUUGGACUAGGCAAUCUAUACAGGCUACCUCAAGUAACGAUGAUACGAGGAGGACUGCCAUUUCUGAUAGCACACUUGAUACUAACAGUGUUCAUUGGAUUACCUCUUCUAUUUCUUGAGUUGGGAUUUGGUCAACUAGCACAAGAGGGAUUUAUCAAAUACUGGAAGGCUGUGCCUUUCUUUAAAGGUAUUGGAUAUGUCAAAUUCUUAGCAGGGUGCUUGCUGAGUCUUUACUACCCUUUAUACAUGGCAUUAUCACUUUUUUAUGUGAUAUGGGUAUGGAAAGGUUCUAUGCCAUUUCAAGAAUGUUCAGCAGGAGUCAAAAUAACAAAUGUAGGCUAUUCUACGUACGGAAAAAAUGGCCAACAAUGUAUAAAGGCGACUUUUCUCAAGUCACCAUUCGAAGAUCCAUCCUGGUAUGGAAUAUACGCAGGUUUAUUAUUGAUGGUAUGGAUUGUAAUUACCAUAUUAUCUUUUGCGAAGACGAGGAGUUAUAUCAAGUCAUUAAUCGUACUAAUUUUUCCAACCCUUGGUUUGUACAUAACCCUCUUCGUGAAAUCUAUCUCAUUACAAACUGAAUAUGAUUGUUUGGGAGAUUUUUUCACAAAUGCUGACUGGAGCUUAUUAACUAGCGCCAAUACAUGGUAUUAUGCAGCUAUUCAAGUUUUUUUCUCUACCACUGUUGGUUUUGGAUCAUUUGUAACUAAUGCUGGGAUCAUUUAUAAUAAAGUGAAUCCAUUUUGGACAGCCCUUGGAUUUACCGCAAUUAAUUUAAUAUUUGGCGCUGGCUCUGUUAUAAUUAGUCAGUCUCUAGCUAACAAUACUAGAAUAAACAUUAGUACUAAUAGUGGAGCCAUUGCGGAACUUUAUUUGCCUUCAUUGAUAUAUGACAUCGGAAGCCACAGUACAAGUUCCGAUAUAAAAACUUGGACAAUUCUUGUUCAUGCUGUGUUCAUACUAUCCGGGUUUAUAAGCAUGGCAACUUUGACAUAUACCUUACUCAAAGCCAUCACAGUAGCGAGUAAAAAGAAGUUAAAAUGGUGGCAUGCCAGCGUAGUACUCAGUUUCCUAGGUUACGUUCUAGGUUGUGCCAUCCUGCUGAAAUCUAAUUUUGAUAUAGUACAUCUGUUGGAUCAUUAUAUUGUUGGUAACUUGAUCAUUAUAUGUGUUAUCAUCGAAAUAAUGGCUUUAAUAGCAUUUUAUGGAACUGAAAGGAUAAAGUCUGACUUUGAAUUCAUGCUCGGGCAUAUUCUAUCCAAUUGUUGGCUCGUUUUGUGGUGGAUUUCUCCCCUAAUACUCACAGCUUUAUUUGCGUGGGGAAUGAUCACGCUUCCACUAGAAGGAAUCUUCAAAGAUGAUCCAUCAUGGUUGUAUGGUAUAGGAUGGGGAGUAGUUUUGAUAGCUACCUUUCUCAUCUUUGUGAUAGGAUUUUAUGUUGUAUAUCAGCAGGAUGGAUAUACUCUUGAAGAUAAAAUGAAGACAUCAGUGAAACCUUCAAAGAACUGGGGUCCAAAAGACCCAAUAUCCCGUCACAACUGGGUCCAAUGGAACAGUAAAGCACAACAUGGUGAACGAGAUUUUACAUUGAAGAGGAAAGGAACAAAGGAUUACACCAGAUCAAUAAAGAAAAUAAAGAAAACGCAAAGUGAAGUAACGCCAUCCAGUAUUGACGGGGUUUACAAAGAAUCUAAUGGCAAACAGAGUGUGGGGACCAAUAAUGGGAGUAACAUUUACACCGAGUUGUAUGAUGCAAACGCUAAUCGCUCGACACGAAAUCAACCACCAAUACAACAGUUACAAGUAUCUUCGGUUACGGAUUCUGUAACUACAACUCCUUCUGUUUCUGUUAUCAGUAAUGGAAGAUUCCAGAAUGAGCCUCAAACACAGAUAAUUACUGUUAAUGGGACUAUACCUGAAGAAUAUGGAACUUUCCGAAAGGGUCCUUACAUUAUUAAAAAAGAUAACAUGGAACAUGUAUGUUUCCGGAAAUUUAGUGAUAACGAGAAUGCUACCGAAUUAUAG